AUGCUAAAAAGAAAGUGUGAUAAAUCCGUUAAAAAGAAACAGAAGUUUUCCAUAACCAAGGAAAAUCAUCAGCAAAAGAGGAAAUUAUUUUUGUAUUCACCAACACAGGUACGAGAAGCUUUACUUGCUAUUCAGAAUGGUACACCAGUCUCGACAGCAAGUGAAGCACCAGUGACCACUGGACAUGUAGGUCGUGAAUCAGUAUUAGGUUCUCGUGUAGAAGCUAUUUUGGUGGAUUGGCUGUUGGAAACAUGUCGAAUGGGAUUCCCUAUCACAAAAGAUGUUUUAUUGAAUUCAGUUAAAAAAUUUGUUGAAACCGAUAAUUUAGAAACUCCAUUUACAAAUAACACGCCAGGACGUAAAUGGUUUGAGAACUUUAUGAAACGACACCCUGCUUUAUCUAUGAAGAAAGCUGAAUACUUAAGUAAGACAAGAGCAGCUGUUACUGAACAAUAUAUUCGUAAUUGGUUUUCUGAAGUACAGAUUUUACUAAAGGAUAAUUCAGACGUUCUUGAAGACCCGCAAAGAGUAUUCAACAUGGAUGAGACAGCAGUGUAUUUAGCUCCUAAAGGAGGAUUAGUUAUUGCAGAGAAGGGAAAACCAACGUAUGAUGUUUUUACUAGCAGUGAUAAAGAAAAUAUUACUACGCUCUUUACUGUGAAUGCUGCAGGAGAAAUAGCACCACCUCUAACAGUUUUUAAGUACGAACGCUUGCCUCAAGCUUGUUUAGCCAAAGCUCCACCUGGUUGGGGCAUCGGUAAAAGUGAAAAUGGAUGGAUGACAUAUAUAGCGUUCUACGAGUAUUUUGCAAAUGUUUUUAAUAAAUAUUUACAAGAUGAGAACAUAAAAACACCAGUUAUUGUGUUCCUAGAUGGACACAUAUCACAUAUGUCAUACUGCUUAAGUUCUUUUUGUAAACAGCAACAAAUUAUAUUAUGCUGUCUCCCUCCAAAUGCCACACAUAUUUUACAACCUCUAGAUGUAGCAGUAUUUGCUCCAUUAAAAAAGCAUUGGCAAAAGUUUGUGAAAACUUGGCGUUCAAGUCAUGAUGGGAUGGAUAUACAAAAAUUUGAUAUUCCCGGUGCAUUAUCAGAAAUUAUUAAAGAAAAAGACUUUUCAAAAACUAUUCAAGCUGGUUUCAAAUGCUGCGGACUUUAUCCCUUUGAUCCAAACGCUGUCAAGUACGAUAAAUGUGUAACGCAAACGCAAAUUGCAUCUGAUGUAAUUAAGAGUGCGAAUCAACAUUCUGUUUUAACUUCAAUAAACACAGAACUAUUACAAGAACUAGAAAAAAACAUUAAUGUAAACAUUUUGCAACGUUUCAAAGAAUUGAAGAGUAACAAAUUGAAUUGGAAUGGAGAAACUGAAUAUUCAGCUUUAUUCGAUAUUUGGAGCAAAAUUUACGAUGAUGUUUACGAUAAAAAUAUUACUUUAAAUCAAACUCCUAUUGAUGUAAAUAGUUUGGAGAUAUACAUCGAAGAAUCGGAAGAUAUUUUGAAUCGUAAGUCUAGUCUCGAACAAGAUAAAAAUAAGGAUGUUACAGAAUCUGCAUCAGUCGCUUUGGAAAUUAGUGAAGAAACUAAUUCUUCAAUAACUACAUGUGACACAAGUGUAGCAGACAAUUCGGGUAAUCAUCAAGUAAUUAGUAGUCAACCACGCAAUGGUAGCAGUGAUGUAAACUAUACAGAUCCUAACUGUGGAAUAGUAUUUAAUAAAUCUCCAGAAAAUGCUUUAAAAGACAUUCUCGUAUGGCCUCAACCCAAAAAUACCAAGAAGAAACGAAUGGCCAAAAUUGGCAUCCAUGUAGGCCAUGUAGGCCACAAUUGGUGCACAAGUGGCCAAAAUAGGCAAACUACAUGGCCAUAA